AAGCACCAGUUUAACCUGGUGUCCUCUGACAUCCAUAACAAAACCAGACUCACAAAGCAUGAGCAGGUGGAUUUGAUGAAAAAUAUUAGCACUAUUCCGCAGCCUUUUCUGUACACCAGACAUGUUCACUUUCUCAAUUUCACAAGAUUUAGGAUAGAACAGCCUGUCUACAUAAACAUCAUCAGGGAUCCCAUUAACCGUUUCCUCUCCAAUUACUUUUUUCGUCGUUUUGGGGACUGGAGAGGAGAGCAGAAUCACUUGAUCCGCACACCCCAGAUGAAAGAUGACGAGAGAUAUCUGGGAUGCAGCAGUUCUCAGUGUAGUGAGCCCUCAGUCAGCACAGGUCCAAGCAUGAACAUUUGAAUGCUGAUGUGAAGGACAGACUGUAGUUCAGUGU